AUGGAUGGCUCAUCUCAGGUUACCGAACCUAUUACUUCUGGGGGAUUAGAAUCUAUCAAUGUACUAAGUCAUAUACUAGAUGAUAAUCAGCUUUUCCUCUUGUACUUCAUCAUGGGUACUUACUUUGGCCCGGAUCUCAAAGGGGAGAGGCCGCAAAAGUCAAAAGGCAUCGACGUGUUUAGAGAUGACGAGAAACUCAAACGAGGAACAUUCAUUGAUCUAGAGCUAAUGAAAGCUAUAAGAGAAUCCAAGUAUGCAAUCGUUAUUCUCUCAGAAAACUAUGCCUUUUCAAGGUGGUGUUUGGAUGAACUUGCCAAGAUCUUACAAUGCAUGAAACAGACGGGACUCACGGUUUUGCCAGUUUUCUACUAUGUGAAUCCCUCUGUUGUACAAAACCAAACAGAGACUUUUGCAGAAGCUUUUGCUAAACAUGAAGAUGAUCCUAAGGUUAGCAGAGAAAAGUUGUAA